UUUCCCAAGCAAGCAAAAGAAGAAUGAACCACGCUGGCUUGAUCCGUUUUAGGCAGUGAAAUAGACAGGGCGAAUACAAUCAAUUUGUCCACGCUGGCAGUUUGCCUUGUGAUUUAACAGCCUGUCACCUUUCUUUUGAUCCGCUACCGUUUGAAUGUCGUCACUGCUUUCAUCGGACGCUUUUUAAGAGCUUGCGCCAGCCGCGCUUGUCCACCGUGGGGCCCUCUCCGGCGCAUGAUUCUUUUCUUUGAUUUUCGUCGGUCAAGAACUCGCAGGCAAUUAAAAGGCUGUCCAUUACGGACUACUACCUACACUACCUAAGCCACCGACUCGCUUUUCACACCACACCGGACAACCGGUCCACCCGACCGUUCCUCGCGCAUAUUUGUAUUUUAAUUUCGAGUCAAAUUUCUUCGUGCUGCUGUCAGUCACGUCCGUCGCACGAUCUCGCUGACCAGGCGCAUCGUAUAAACAAAGAAUCGGACUCACGCAAAAAAACCAAAUCGACAUACUCGUCACGGCGCAGCAUACACGGGCUAGCACAACUCAGCAUAGCAAACCUUGCCACAACUCUCUAAAACCUUGGCAUGAAACCACAACAUACAUAAAAACCCGUCGUCAUGGCCGAUUUCAUCAAGGAUCUGUGGGAGUCCAUCUUCACACCGGGACCGACGCCCUCCCUCCUGAUCGCGACCAACGUCUCCUUCGCCGCCCUGCAGGUCGUGCUCUUUGCGCUCCUGAUCGCGACUUAUAGCAUUCACUUUGUCGUCUUGUCGGGUCUGUGCGGCGGGCUGUGGUGGGCGAUCAACUGGUUUGCGCGCGAGGUCAAGGAGGCGCAACGACUCGAGCAGCUCGAGAAGCAGCGCCAACCCCCGCCUGCCCUCAGUUCCUCGGACGACGAGACAGAGGUAGAGACUACGGCGCCAGGUCCCAGACCGAGAAAGACCCCGCCGGCCCCGGCGGCGUCCACGACUCAGGCAAAUCCCGAAGACACAAAGGGAGAGCUGAAGCACCGGGCGGCGUCGACUCCACUAACCGGCCCCUCAGCCUCGGCGGCGUCUUCUAAGUCUGGCGUGAGCACGGAGGAUGAGUGGGAAAAGGUCUCCGAGUCCGAGGAAAAGGACCAGUGAAUCACGAAAGCAUUAUUUUUUUUGUUUCGACAACCUACGAGGCCUGGGACAUGGAGCUACGGGGUAUCACGGGCAACUGUAAUGCGGCGGGGAAAUAUGGAUGGUGGGCCGUCUUGGUAUUUUAGCCCUUGAAUACAAACCGAGCAAACGACGUGCACAUAGAGUCACGGGCUGCUGUUAUGUUAGGUCGUUGAUCUUUUGCUUUCCCAAGCCACGGGUUGGGCCCUGGCAUCUCGGCUACUGCGGUUGAAUUUUGUCCGUUG